AUGUGUAGUGUGGGACGCGGAUUUCUUAUCCUGAAUUCUUCUUGGUGGGAACAUAUAGCCAUAUCAAGCGAAGCUCGAAAUGAAUUGUUUAGAUUACUGUACUCCUGUAUUUCUAAGACACAGCACUCUUUGUACUUAUAUUAUUCUGUACGUUCUUGCAAUAUAGGUAGCUGUAACUUGGGGAAUGUUUCCGAGAGUUAUGCAGAAGACUUGGAUAAUCAGAAAGAUAACUCCACUUUGAUACUUACAUAUCAACAUAUUCAUAGUUUAGUAAAGGCUUAUGAAAUAGCCUUAGAUGCUAUGGAAUUUCUUAAUAAAGCACCUACUUUUGAUAUUCGCUUUGUUCCACUAAAAACUGAAUGUUUAAAUCACAUAAAUAGAACAAUUGGACCAAUUAGUAAACUAUACUACAAUCCAAAUGUUUUUCCACUUUGUGAUGAGCAUGGACCACUAGUUUUUUUUGCAAGCGAAGUAAAUGAAAUAUUUUUUUCCAUUUGUCAGAAACAAUUCUCUUUCUUGUUAAUAGAUUCAAAUGAGUUUGAAAAGUGCAAUUUCGUUGAUAAUAGUGCAAUCAAAGAUAUUGAAAAUAACGGUUUUCCAGUCUUCACUAUUUCAAAACGAACUGUUUCUUUUCCAAGCUGGGGAUACAGCAAAGAUUUCUCAGUGAUUUUGAAUGACAGUGAAUUUAUGCAACAAUCUGUUAAAAGAACUCUUUUUGCUGGGACAUUUGAUAGAUUACAUCCUGGGCACAAGGUUAACAUAACAGUUGCAACUUGGUUGGCUGAAGAGAUGGUCAUAAUAGGGAUAACAGAUCAAUCACUUUUGGCUAACAAAAGUGAUAAAGACUUGUUACAGGUAUGUAGCUAA